AUGUAUUGCUUGCGUGGAGUGUAUGGCAGACUAGGGCUGUGCGCACACACUCUGCGCAUGCAUUGCACUAGAGUAUUGAUGGGACGGAAAGGCAGAGACAAUAAGUGUUUGUUAAGACGAGUGCUCACACGACAGCUGAAAAGGGCAGGCAAUGGAUCAGUUCCUCCGAUUGAAGAUCGCGUCCAAGAGAUCAUCAUUGACUUGUUGUCACUACGAGAUCGAUCUGAAGCUCACACGAAUCAACUGAUAAAUGAGUUGCGAGUUGUUUAUGGUAUUCACGAAGAACUGGAACCGUUGGGCCCUUUGGGUGAGGCGUCGGCGCGAAUAGUGUUCGGUCGAGCGAUGCGUGCAUUGCGUGGUCUCAACGCUACGGGUGUUCUUCUGGAUGCCAUCAACGCAUUUGAGACGAGCCAUCCGUUCGAUGGCCACAACGGGUCCGACUUAGAAGGCGUGGGCGAUAGUGAAAACUCUUCACACUCUUCAAUACAUCUGUUUAAACGUUUAGCUCAUUUGGUCACCAGUAGGACCACCGCAAUGGCCGACUCCCAGGCAAUGACGACCACCACUCCAAUUGUCACUCCGUCUGUUCCGCCGCCAACCAAACGCAUCAAAUUGGGUGACAAUGAAAGCGCUGACAACAAGACAUCGGGUGAUGGCAGUGACGGCAGUGACCACUCUGUGGCCGAUAACACGUGGCGAUCAAAGUUGGACCGAAAUUUUGAUGAACGCGAUGUCGGUAUCAGUGAAUUCAUUGGCGAUUAUAAGCCCUUUGAGGCGGUGCUUAAGAAUCGUUACGAAGACUUUUUAGUGCAUGAAAUCGCCAAAAAUGGCCAAAUUUUGCGUCUCAUUGACAACCGGAUGCCCGAAGAGGAGGUCAUACCUGUGCUCGACAUCUACGAAGUGUUUGACGACAACACCAUCGAUAAGAUCAGACAAUUAGUGGAUAAAACCAGUAGUGAUAGUACGGGUGAUGUGAGCUCUGAUAAAGUUGUUGAUGAAUGUGUUGUUAACACGAAUGCAGACCAAACAGAUGAGACAAUUGAUGCGCAAACGGUGGCCACAACUACAGUGACAACGGGCGCAGUCGACGACCGAAAAGACGCCGAUAAUAAAGACACUAAAAAUGGUGACAAAAAUUGUGUGAAAAUACCGGUCAAUGGUUUGUCGAAACACGAAAGAACUCGAAUACACAAAGCGAUUAAAGACAACUACGAAGAUCUGGAGACGUCUACCGUCGACGACACCGACGGCCACAAGUAUAUAGUUGUCAAACGAGUGGACAAGGGUUCGGCGCCGGCGCGCAAUCGGCACCAAUGGCCUAAACACAAGGGAGAGUACAUCCACUUUGUCAUGUAUAAGGAGAACCGGGAGACUCAACAGGCGCUCAACGAGUUGGCGCUCAAAAUGCGGAUUUCGGCCAAAAACUUCGCGAUCGCCGGCACUAAAGACAAGCGAGCGAUCACUACUCAAGCGGUGAGCGCGUGGAAAGUGCCGCCGCAGAGGAUAUGGUACGCGGCGCGCGGCUGUCGCGACAUAGAGGUCGGCCACUUCCAGUUCGCCGCGCGUGAGUUGCGUUUGGGUGAACUGUGCGGCAAUCGGUUCGAUAUAGUGCUCCGGGAUGUCAAGUGCUCGGACCGGUCGGACGCCGAACGCAGCCUACAAUCGGUGGCCACAAUCGGUGCCAUCAAUUACUACGGUAUGCAACGGUUUGGCUUUAAAGACAACUACGAAGAUCUGGAGACGUCUACCGUCGACGACACCGACGGCCACAAGUAUAUAGUUGUCAAACGAGUGGACAAGGGUUCGGCGCCGGCGCGCAAUCGGCACCAAUGGCCUAAACACAGGGGAGAGUACAUCCACUUUGUCAUGUAUAAGGAGAAUCGAGAGACCCAACAGGCGCUCAACGAGUUGGCGCUGAAAAUGCGCAUUUCGGCCAAAAACUUUGCGAUCGCCGGCACUAAAGACAAGCGAGCGAUCACUACUCAAGCGGUGAGCGCGUGGAAAGUGCCGCCGCAGAGGAUAUGGUACGCGGCGCGCGGCUGUCGCGACAUAGAGGUCGGCCAUUUCCAGUUCGCCGCGCGUGAGUUGCGUUUGGGUGAACUGAGCGGCAAUCGGUUCGAUAUAGUGCUCCGGGAUGUCAAGUGCUCGGACCGGUCGGACGCCGAACGCAGCCUACAAUCGGUGGCCACAAUCGGUGCCAUCAAUUACUAC